CGUCACACCACCACCGUAACUUAAGUUAAAGAUGAAUUCUAAUAAUAGAGGUCAUUUUCCUUUUGUAAACUCCUCCUCUUCUUCCGAGUCAUCUGAUGAAUUUGAUGAGUGGUUAGAAUAUGAGAAUGAAGCAAUGGAGAUUGAAGAACAAAUUGCAAUCAACAUGAUAGCAAGAAAUAACUAUGUAAUUCACCAGCUCCUCCUCAUCCAACAAAGCGAUCAGGAGGCAACAAUGGCGGAAUCUCCUGUGCAGAUGAACCUGGUCCCGACCGAAGCUACAUCUGAAAGCUUCGCAGAGUAUGGUCAAGUCAUCGAAGCUUCCUCAGAUGGUGAUCUCUUUGGUCCUAACGAUGCUCAGUUAGAUCUCUCCAGAGGAACCCCACGUUUUUAUAUCAUGCGGCUCGAAGGUCGAUCCUUUGGCUUCUCAACGAUCACGCACCACGCGAACGUGACACAGUGUCUGGGAUCAAUAGGAGGUCACGUUUGGUAUCUUGGCGUAGCGAAGCCAUCUCUUAUUGAAGAUGUUGGUGGAGAAAGAGUUGGAGAUAAUGUAGAGUCAGGGUCCGAUGGUCACUUGUACGCGCCUCCUACGGUUGAGGAAGUGCGCGUCUUCAGGUUUUCAGGACCGAAGUUUGUUAAACUGAACCGUGGUACGUGGCAUGCUGGACCGUUGUUCAGUGACAGCUCCAUGGACUUCUACAACCUUGAGCUCAGCAACACAAAUGAGGUGGAUCACACGACACAUAGUUUCAAGAAGAAGAAUGGGGUCAUCUUCCGGUUUGAGGAUAGCACAUCAGCAUCCUAAAGUCAAAAAAUUCUAUAAGAUGAUCAGUGUGGUUCUGUUUUCAUGUCUUUAUAAGCAAAUAAAAUGAGAAACAUUUUUCUUGUAUUCAAUGUGCCAAGUCUGUCUUUGUACAAACUAUAAAUCUGUUCAUCUAUUGACUCACUA